CUAACUGCCUUAGUUUUUUUAUGUUUUUGUUAUUGUUUCGUUUUGCUGUGGGGAAUGCUAAGUGUUUCUAUUAAAGUUUAUUCUUGCCAACGUUUAAGUUUGCUCUUCUUCUUAUAAACCGAUUGUCAUAAAGCGGUCAUCCAAGUUAAAAGCAUAAAUAAAACGGUUGAGCAGUGACUGCCAUGACUAUUAAGUGCAUCGCAGUAGCUGGCUAACCAGGUCACAGAAGGACACGUAAUUAUCAACUGUCAUUUCUAAAUUUAAUGGAGGUAGUCAUAACACAAGAACUGUGAUGUCUGACACUGAGAUGUCAGAGGGCACAUGUGAGGAUUGGGCAUUCGUUACUUCUGCUGGCGGGAUUCCUGAUGAUGAGACUGACAGCAGCUCGAGUUCGGUGGAGAUUGUGGGUGAUAGAGAGGAGGAUUCAGGGGAGGAAACCCUGCAACAGGUCAACACAGCCAGGACGGGACCCGUGUAUGUCCUCAGUCUACCCUCCAGGAAUGCCGCAGUAGUAGAGACAGAUGAGGAAACUGUAUCUAUCCCGCCACAGAGAUUGACUGACUCUAGCCCUUCCACCACAACAGUCACUGACCUGUCACCCACCUCCAGUUCACUGCCACAGGCAAGCUACGAGCGUCAGGUGUCUGCUGAAGAGUUGGAGGAGCUGUGUAGAACCCUCGACUGCAUCAAAGACAAACUCAGACCCCUUGACACAGCAGGACAGUGCAGGCAUAAUAGUGUGACAAGUGACCAGUCUUUGGAUGUGUCUAUCAGUUCUCAGUACAGCUUGCUCCAAACUCCUGGCCAAGCGGCUGGUGAAGGUGUUGAGGACUUGGAGAUGGCAGACACUGAGUUUCUUGGUGAAAAACAGGCACUGCCGCCACAGGAGGCAAUUUUGGAGCAGGAAGCUGCAGAUAUUAGAGGCCGAGCUGUUGGGGUGGGGGAGAGGGACGGAAGAGAUGGAGGCGUGAAACACGAGACUCUCCCGUGGUGUACUGUACCUGAAGUGCUGUUUUUCCUCCUGUUGGCAGUCUUUUCUGUUCUGGCGGCAUCAUUUUGCAUACUCUACAUGAAUAACACUUCUUCCGGUAUUCAUGUGAAGCCUGUUCAACAGGACUCUGGAGCUCAAGCGGACUGCUCAACAUGGAGGCAGCAAGCAACACUGGUACUUCUUGAUCUCCUCAACAUGGAAGAGCCAUUCGUAUAUCAAGGUGACCUUGUUCAAACUCUGGCUGAUGUUAAGAAGACAUUUGGGGAUAUGGAAGCAUUCAACAAGCAAGCAGUUGAUACUUUAAAGGCUAGGCAAUAUGAAGCUAUCAAUGAAAAAGACUACUUGGAGGCUGAACUAAGUCAUAAACAAGAAUUGGAAGAAGAAAUACAGAGAUUAAGGUUGGCAACAGAAAAAAAAUCCUCAGUCAUAAAAGAACAGGCAAGUGAAAUCCUGACAUUGAAGGAUGAAUUAAAAAAAGCGGAUGGUUUUGAAAGAACAGGGCAGACCUGGGAAGGCUGCUUCAGUGAGCUCAGUGAUGCCUUAAGAACAGAAAUGUCAAAGAUGAAUGUAGCAUGGUCAGAGGUCGGAGCCGGCCUGCAUGAGUACGCUGAUAAACAUCUGCCGCACACUGUAUUGGAGUUCCUGAAGUCGAGUGGGGUGUUUACAGGACCCACCCAGGAUGUACCUCACCAGGGGGACAAUACCUAUAAGGAACCUCAGAGGGAUUACAAUACACAAGGGAGGAAACCUUACAAAAAAGACGAACCCGAGUCAAAUGUACAUGAGGAACAUACACAGACGAAAGAAACAUUUUCAAAUACAGGCCAUAAAGUUGCUGAUGAGGGAAGUGAAAGUUCUGGAGAGCAGCAUGCAGACAAUUUGUGGACAGAAACAGUUUUCAAGAUGAUGAACAAAACACGAGGGCAGAUUGAACAUGCCUGGGAGAAGGUGAGGAACAUUUCUGGUCAGUUCUGGGAGGAUAAUGAGCCGUCUGUCAUGCGCAUCCAGCAGACAUUCACUGACCGCCUGCAGCAGCUCACUGACCGUUUCCACCAGAAAAUGACCAAUAAAGUGAACAAGUGGUUCCACAAAGGAAAAUCACAUCCUCGUGGCAACAAGAAGGGUGGAAAAAGCUGUAAAGAGAAGAAAACCUUCGAUGAGAAUGAUAACUUAAAGGCGAACACAAAAAGGAGGAAGUUUGGUUCAAAAGUUGACAACAACGAAAUGACAACGGCAGAGAAAGCGGAGGAUGUGAGUAAGACAAUCAGCAGCCUGAAUGCCAAACAGUACCGACGUCUCAUGGAGUCUGAUCCAUGGCAACUGAUAUCGCUUGCAGACUUCUUCUUUAACUAUACUGAGGGUAUGAUGGUGCCGUUGCUUAGUGAAGCUGGGCAAGGGUGGUUUGCCAAACAGAGGCAGUGGUGGAGGCACCAGGCGGGCAUUGAAAUCUCCCCUCUACCCCAGGGCGAUGACGACCAUCGCUUCCUGUGCUGCUGGCAGGUACAUGUCGCCAAUGGUAACAGGAACUACUGUCGCAGAAAGAAGAAGAUGCUUGCCAUAAAAGAAAAUUCAUGUAUUUUGAGUGAAAUCAAUCUCGAACCAGCAAACAAAAAAUCAAUAAAAGAUUCGGAACAGAAAAAGACUAAUACAGAGGAGAGGUUUAAAGGCACAAAAGACAAAAAUGCACAGGAGCAAGGGUCUAGUGAUGAUUUCCUGCAACAGAACAUUGAUGGAAACAGUGAUGCCCCACCAAGCAGGAAAUACACGAAACACGCAAACGAAAAGAUUCAAAACACUGAUAAAAUAAAGUUCAGUGACAACCAGCAUUCACAGAGUUCAAUGAAUGAUAACGGGGAUGAUGAUAACUGGUACCUGUCGCUUGGCGAGGGUCGAGAGUAUCUUCACCAGGUGCCCGACACAUGGUACUUCCGCAGGAGUCAAGACCGCGAAAACAAGAAUUUCUACCAGGGCGCACACAGUCCAGAGUGGGUGGAAAGUGGCGAGGACAACUUCGAUGGAGAUUUUAUGAAUGUGGAUGAAACAGUAACGAGGAGAAAGCGUAGACCAUUCUGUGUUGACUUAUAGAUCUGAUAUAGUCGCCAGUUGAAUACAUUUGUUAUUGUGAAGUUAUUAUUUUAAAGUGAGCAGUUUUUCCCGUUCUUCAUUUUAUCUUUUGAUAAAUGUGUUUAUUUAUGAUCACAUUUCAUUAGAUAAUUGUUAUUUGAAUUCAAUUUGCAUGGAAUUGAUUGAGCUGUAUUGCUGAAAAAAGAAGAAGCAUUUAUUGCAUAAACUGAUGGAUGACUUUUAGCACCAUGAAAUAACCUUAUAUAGUCAUCAAUAUAUUAAAUCGUACGUUGUCGUCAUUCCUUCAUUUAUGAAGUGUUGCAUGGCAUCUAACCAGUCAAGUUGGUACCUAUCACUGUUCAUGUUGUAUAUCUCACAGCUGCCUUUGCUGUUUGCUUAUUUCACUCAUUCCGGUUACCUUAAGUGUAACAGUUUUUGUUACAGUGCGUUCAUUUACAUCAGUUAUGUUUGUCUGUUUGUUUGUUUUUAAGUAAAAUAAGUAAAUCUAGUUAUUGUCCUUGCCUUUCUGUCGACGACGGCGUACAGAGACUUAAAUCUUGGGGAUAACCCCAACUGUACAAGUGUACUUUGGUACAUGCGUUGCCAGGGACAAUACGCGCACAUACAGCAAGGCACAUAACUCUGGAUGUCAUACUUGUUGCGUUUUUUGUUGGUGUUCGCUCUGCAGCAUUCUUGUUAUAUUUAUACUAAGAUGUUUUAGUUAUUACAGGCACUAUAUGGAUAUUUCACGGUGUGUUGGACUGUAUUACAACAAUUAGAAUGCAUGCACCCGUAUAUAUAAAUGUGCAAUUGCCUUUUUAUGAAUAGUCUGGUUUAUUUAGUGAGCGUCUGUGUACUUUAAUUGCAUGAUAAUUAUGUUUUUGAAAUGGUACUGUUAUAUAAGAUAUUAUCAAACUUCGGGGAUUGUGUUACUGUUAAGUUUCAAUGCUUUGUUUGUCAUUAUAUGAUAUUAUCAAAUUCACCUUUGUUAAACUAUUCUCCACACAAUGAGGUCAUCCUAUUGCGCCCAUAGAAUGUUAAUGUUUAUUAAAUGGUUAAUAAAAUAACAAUGUUGUGAACUUCCCUUGUAAGAGAUCGGGAACAGUUGUGUUGGUUAUAGAGCAGCAAUAAAACCGGUGGCCCGUC